AUGGUGAUGCACAAGGUGGCCCCACUGCAUAUCCUGGACAUCUGGUGGCAGCUGGUGGAGCUCAUGAAGCCAAAGCAGGAGCUGGCAGAAAUACUGGCAAACUUGGAGAGACAGAUCUAUGUUUCUGAGGGAAGCUACCUGGAAGACACUCAAAUGUAUGGCAAUAUUAUUCAUGGCUGGGAUCUCUAUCUGACCAACCAAAAAAACUCCAACAGCAAAAAUGAUCCAAGGAACCGGAAGUUUAAAGAAGCCCAGCGGAACUUCAGUAAAUCUUCAGUCACAUCAGCAGCUGCCGAAAGUGAAUUGGCAGGAGUUCAGGACCAGCUCAUUGAAAAGAGGGAGCCAGAAAAUGGGACAGAAAGUGACACUUCAAAACAGAAAGAAAGAUUCACUUCUCCGCACUUCCACAAUCAGGAAAAUGAGCCCAGCCAAGAGGACUCUGAGGAUCUGGAUGGAUCUAUGCAGAGAGUGAAGCCUCAUAAGGCUACUUCUUCCACUUCCUCAGGGAGUCAUCAUAGCGGCCGUAAAAAAUACAAGAAUAAAGACCGGCACAGGUAG